AUGUCUCGAACGGCUUGUUGUGCUCCUAGAUUUUUGGCUAGAGCCAUUCAACAAAUUAACUCUCAAGGAGGCAAUGUUGGCAAAUGUGCUUCUACAGCUUGUUCCGAUGUGAUGGGCUCCGUCACUAAAUCCGAUUUCAAACUGAUGCAAAAAUUUGCUGCCUCAGAUCUCUAUAAAUCUAUGAAUGAAAAAGAAGAAUGCACAACGAAACAAUCCUCUUCAACCAACAACGAGAAUCAUCCAUAA